AUGCAAGGACGCGAAGAAGCCAUCCGCCAAACGCUUGUCUACGCGCUCUCGUUCUUGCGCACCCAGUCGCUCAACAAGACCGCUGCUGCACUCGUCAAAGAGCUUGAGAAGCAGCCGUGGACCGCGCCAGGGACGCAGUGGAGGUUGAGCGGCGAGGAGGCCAGCGAGGAGGCCGGAAAGUGCUCAGGCGCUGAGCUGGUUAGCUUGGUUAGGGCCAAGCUCGACAUGGUCAAAGAGAGGGAGGCGAAGAAGGCCGCGCCUUCUGCUAACGGCGCAGUCGUCCUCUCCGACUCGUCCGAGGACAGCUCCUCUGCCUCGACCAGCUCUUCCUCGUCUUCCGAAGACGAUUCUUCCGACGACAGCGCAUCCGAGAAGGAGGUUGAGAAGGAGGUCCUGCCGAAGGACAAGCUUGAGGCUGUUCAGGCGCAGCGGAAGGAGGAGGAGGAGCAGGCGGAUCAGAAGAAGGACGCCAGCUCGUCUUCUUCAUCUUCCUCGAGCGACAGCGACUCGGACUCGGACUCGUCGAGCGGCUCGUCAUCCUCGGGCAGCUCGUCUUCCUCCUCGUCGGAAUCGGACGACGAGGGCGACCGCGCCGUUCAGGCUCGCAACCCCGCCGCAAAGGCCUCGAGUCCCGCCCGCUCCCUCCGGUCGAACGCUCCUCCUCCUGCCACUCCCGCACCGACGAUCGGCAACAAGCGCAAGGCGUCGUCUUCCUCUGAACCGUCGUCUUCCUCUUCCUCGUCCGACUCCGACUCCGACAGCGGCUCGUCCUCUUCUUCCUCUUCGAGCUCAUCGUCUUCCGGCUCGUCCUCCUCUUCCUCUUCUGACUCGGACGCGACCAAGAAGCCCGCAGCAAAGAAGCAGCGUCUCGCUUCUCCCGCCCGCGCCGCUCCUUCCCCUGCUCCCGCCACCGCCAUCGCUGCUCCCGCCACCGCCAUCGCUGCACCCGCCACACCCUCCGUCCCUACUCCCUCGACCUCCAACUCUACUUCCUCCAACUCCACCUCUCGACCUGGCACGCCGCAGCUGAACGGCAGCGCGAGAGGGAAGGGGGGCGCAGGACAGACGGAACGGUUCAGGCGCGUCAAGGCCGAGGACGUGACGUUUGCGGAUGAGAGGUUGAAGGAUAUGUCGUUUGCGGCGAGGCCGGCUGGAUCGAACGACUAUGGCGCAAAGGCUAGUGCGGACUUGAUCGUUACGCGUGGGAAGGGCUUCACCAAGGAGAAGAACAAGAAGAAGCGAGGCUCGUACCGCGGCGGCGAGAUCACUAUGGCGUCUCACUCGAUCAAGUUCAACUACGACUGA